CACUAAGAGGUCAACCGCGUCCGGGGCCGUGCCUAUCAUCCCGGUCAUUUUCGGGCUCUUGUUCGGCCUCCCUGCCCUGGCAUGGCUUAUACGCAGGUAUCAACGAUCACGCACAACAUCCCCUUGUUGCAUCAGAGAACUCCGUCUACCUACCAUACGGAGACGGAACGGAACCUCCGCUAGUGAUCGACUCUUGUCUCCUAUCGGCCAACUUGCCGCUUUGGCUGCCGUCACCGUCGGAGCAAUCGGGCAAUGGCUGGUCGUUCGCCGCAUUCGGUGCUUUCGCGAGUUGCUCCAGCAGCUGCAUCAACAGAUGAAUCAGACCCUCGACUUUGGAUGCCGAGGUGGUGCAGACGCUGCUAGGGCUUUCAGCGAAGAAGCCCCAAUUGCGAAAUCGCACGCAUGGUAUGCGAUGAACCGGCUCAAGUUGGUGCCAGCACGUAUCUUGUGGGAUAGGGCAGACCAUCGUCGGAGCCUCACGUCAUUUGCCCUGCCCCACUUUUCGCUCCGAAGGAAGACCUCGGCACAAGCCAAUGAACCGCGUCUGCGAGCGUUGCACACAUCUCCAGAUCUCAGCCGGAUCUCUCUCUCUACGAGUACAGGUUCUGCUCUAUAUUGCACGACGCGACCACUGCGCCGAGCCGCAGCUCCGACCGGUUACUUGGACAUGUCUCACGACAGCUUCUUCGAUAUCGAGCUAGGGCCACCAACCUCGCCUGCCAGUACCCUUACCUUCCCCUACGGUGUUCCUUCUCCUACUUGGUCGGAAUUCUCGACCACGUCGACGUUGCCCGUUUCCGACGAGUCCCCGAAGUUGCCUUUCUCUUACUCGGACUCGAACCUCAAAAAGAUGGGGUCUCUCACCGGACUGGGCCUUAGACCGCGACUUGGCGCCUUCUCAGCAUCUCCUCCACCCUCUUCCCCAGCUUCUGCGAGAGCGAGAUGUACCUCGGGACGCGUCGUCAGUCCGCUUUCCAGGUCUGUUCCGACGCGGCGGCGCGCUCAGUCAGAUACCUCUGUGCUAUCUCAGGUUCAGCUGCAAGUGGCGGGUUUACCCGGGCCUGAGACCCCGCAAACUCCUUUCGGGGACCCUACCACGAUCGUCGUGAAGGUCUACGUGCCUGCCACGGCGGACCUAUGGCGGAUUCGCAUCGCGGAAGAUACUACCUUCGACGAACUCAUGGAUUCGAUUCAAUCGAAGCUUGGCUAUACCGUGCGGCUCCAUGUUCAGGUAUUGACCCGUCCUGAAGGAACGACAAAUACCCAGUGUCCUCCAGAUGAGACGAUCGCAGAAGCCGUAGCACAGAUCAAAUCGCAGGAGGAAUUCGCGGGGUGGAUGCAGGACAGGCUCGUCUUCGGGUCAAAACAUAGGCUCAUUGCUGUGAGGAUAGAGUGA